UCACGCAGUUUACAUGCGCCUUUGUUUUGUGCAAAAGUAAUCGAUUCUGAACCCGCUUCCCGAAACAGGUUUUUCAGUUCUUCUGCUCGGUUGAGAGAUAACACUCAGAAGAAGAACCACCGGCAUCAGCAGUUCAGAACUAUGUCCGUCAUUGUUAGUGUCUUGAUUUUGGUCGGUAAAUUUACAAGUCCGAUUUAAGUGGUACGAAGUGCGUUUGAACGAUCGUUUGACUAAAUGUGGAAGUCUGCCUAUGGAGCUGAGUGGAAAUGCAUUGUGUUGAUCUGGAUCGUGGCUGAGUUAAUUACCCCUUCCGUGCAGUUGGGAAUUCAGUCAUUCUUCCGAGAUCGUCGAAAAGUAUGCAACUACUAUGAAUGGAAGUGCAACAGCGGUCAAUGCAUCGAGUCACAUCAACUGUGCGACGGAGUGGUGGACUGUAAGGACAAAUCAGACGAAACUUCCAAAACGUGCGCCUUUAUUCGUUGUCCAAGUUAUGCGUUCCGUUGCCAGUACGGUGGUUGUGUAGACGGAAACGCCAUGUGUAACGGAAUCAAAGAGUGUGCCGACAAUUCGGAUGAACACCUGCACUGUCCUGGGUACAGUGAGACCUUACUAUCGUCCGGUAAUUGCUCAAAUACAGAAUUUCAAUGCCAAUCCGGGAAAUGCAUUCCCAGCGAAGAGGUUUGUGAUGGUCUGCCGAACUGUGAUGAUGAAUCUGAUGAACAGCAGAAGAUCUGCGGAUUGACAUUCUGUCCCUCGUUUGCUUUCCGGUGCAGCUACGGAGCUUGUAUAGGAGGUUAUUCCAAGUGCGACGGUGUGAUAGACUGCCGAGAUGGUUCGGAUGAAGAUGAGCUACUUUGUGGCAGACCUGCCCCCACUACCACUCCCAAGAUACUUAGUACGACAACAACAACGACGAGUACGACUCAGUCACCGUUGGUGACAGGACCGCCGGGAUCCUGUCUAGUACCAGCACAACCAAACAAUGGUCAUAUUGUUUUGGAUGAGACUGCCACAGAUGUUCCGAUUAGUAGUGGCGAGUUUAUUGAAAAUUACAAUUCAGUUCACGUGCUCUGUAAUGACAAAUAUACUAUCAAAGGUGCAGCAACCAUAACGUGUUUGGAUGGAGAAUGGCUGGAUCAGUUUCCGAUAUGUGAACGAUACUGUUCGGAAAUUCCAAUCAACGGUAUUACCGUUCAACCAUCAUGCGAAUAUCAGCGAAAACAAAUUACCUGCAAGCGUUCACUUCCUCCGACGACGAGGGUACGCAUAGACUGUAAAGUAGGCUACCAGAAGCCGGAAGGUCCUAUCAACGAGACCCUGACCUGUAUCGAUGGUACGUGGGACAGUUUAGUGUUUCGUUGUGAACCUAUUUGUGGGACGCCAACGCCGGACGCCGAAGCCUACAUAAUCGGAGGAAAAAACGCAUCCAUUACCGAAGUUCCUUGGCACACCGGAAUCUAUCGGAAUUUGGAAAAUGACACCAUCGACGAUUUGAAAUCGGACGAUUGGCUGUACAUUUGCGGUGGAACGAUUCUUACCGAACGAUUGGUAGUAUCAGCAGCCCACUGUUUCUGGGAUGUUACGUCAUUCCAUGACCUUAGAUCAUUCCUAAUAACAGCUGGGAAAUACCGACGAGAGCUCAACGCAAUCGAAAGCCUUCCCGCUCAAGUUAUUCGCAUCAGGGAGCUCAUUACCCAACCCCAGUAUCAGGACUUCUCCGGAUACUACAACCUGGACAUUGCCAUCAUCGUGCUCAGCGACUUCAUAGUGUUCAAAUCUUACGUUCGACCCAUCUGUUUGGAGAGAAACCUAAGAACUGAAAGCGAAAAGCGCAUCAAAUCCAACAGCAUCGGACGAGUUGCUGGAUGGGGACUGACGACCUCGGGUGGAGCGUUGAGCCCGGUGCUGAAAGUUGUCGAUAUUCCAACUGUGGAUUACUAUACCUGCCGGGACUUUUCGCCCGUUUCCUAUCGGCCGUUCCUGACAGGGGACAAGUUUUGUGCUGGAGAUCCUAAAACGGGUACCAGCGUCUGCCAAGGGGACAGUGGCGGAGGAUUCGCACUCGGUAAAGAAAUCUCCGCUGAAACCGUGUUCUUCCUAUACGGCGUUGUCAGCUCGGCACCCCGCUCCGCUAGUGGAAGCUGUGAUAACAACAAGUACGUGGCCUUCACCGAGGUGCAGAACUACAUUCCUAUGAUCCUGGAUGCCGAGAGUCGAUUUCCGGUGAUAUAAUCUAGCCGACCACUUGAACCCUUUUAAAAGAAAAUUAUGGGGCUGUGAUCGGAAGAAAUGAUAAAACAAAUAAACUAGUUUUAAUUUCACUAUAA